GGCUCCGUGUCCUUGCGGUGGGGGUGUCGGGAGCUGACCCCAUGGAGCUCCACAGGAUUUUGCUGCAGCAGAACCCCCAGAACCUUUUCUACGUCAGCACCUUCGAUGAUUUCCCCCAAAUCCUCCAAGAGCUCAUAGAAGCCAUUUGUUCUGAUCCUCAGCUUCCAGGGACCCAAAUCCCACUGGGAAAGAUCCCCAGGGGCUCAGCAGCUCACAAGGAUUAUGACCCCUACACUGCAAAGGGAGAGAAAGGGGAGCGGGGAAAACCUGGUUUGCCAGGCCCUGUGGGGCUCCACGGGGCUCCUGGACUGCCUGGACCACAGGGAGAAAAGGGAAUGGCAGGGAUUGGCAUUCCUGGCACUGCUGGCACGAAGGGGGAAGAAGGAGAGCAGGGAAUGAUGGGACCUCCAGGAGCACCAGGACCAAAGGGAAUUCCAGGACCUCCAGGGCAGAAGGGAGACCAAGGAAAUCCAGGAUUUCCAGGUGCUCCAGCCUUGGAGGGAGAUCCUGGACCAGCCGGACCACGAGGAGACAAAGGAACCCCAGGAGAAAAAGGGGAGAAGGGAAGUCCAGGGUUUGGAAUUCCUGGCCAGCCUGGGCUGAAGGGAGACAUUGGUGACCGGGGAAAUGUGGGAUUGUCUGGGAAGCCAGGUCAGAAGGGGGAAAGAGGCGAACCAGGAUUCCCUGGAAAACCAGGAGAGGCCGGGCUGAGAGGAAAAGAUGGAGAUCCAGGGAAGGACGGCCUGAGAGGUGAAAGAGGCCCCCCAGGCCCCAAGGGAGAACCUGGCCCACCAGGAAGAGGAGUGGAAAUGAAGGACCUGGAGAGGCUUUUUGAAGAGUACGGGAUCAAGGAAAACGGGAAUUCCGACGGCGGCUCCGCCAUCCCGAGGCACAGAUCCAGGAGAUCCCACCCCGUCAGGAUCCCAUUCCAGAGCCAUCCCUGUGAUCCAGGAGGAAGCAAUUCCCCCUCCCUGCAGGCUCCACCGCCAGCUCAUCCCCCCGGUGCUCCGGGAGCUCGGGAAUUCCCGUUGGGAUCCACG